CUUCCCGGGCGACCGGCCCCUCUUGCCUCCUCAUCUCAUGUGGCGACGCGAACCGCCGGGCGGAGAGCGGCGGCCCCGCGGGGUCGGCAGCGCCUCGGGCCGAAAUGGAGCAACCACAUGUCCGACUUUGGGUAAAAUAUGAAACCUUUGUUGUUGGGGUCUUGCAGAUCCCACCUCCUUCAAAAUUCAGCAUGCACUAUCUUCGAAAGAUGGCGACAUACGUUCGAACAAAGGGAGGAGAUGGUGGCUAUCCCAGGCUUUCCUGGCCUAUGUGGAGGCAUAUUGCCUGUGGAAAGUUGCAGCUGGCUGAAAAUUUGGCAUGGUUGUAUUUUGAAACAUUUGACAUUCUUCUUGAGAGAACUGCAGAGGAGAGGUUGCAGUGGGCUGAAGCGGUAUCUCACUGCAGAUCAGAAGAAGAAAUUGACAAACUAAAAAACAAGUUAUCAGUGGAUACACUGCAGUUCCUGCUGUUUCUUUAUGUUCAGCAGCUGAACAAAGUCUCUCUACGGACAUCCUUGAUUGGAGAGGAAUGGCCAAGUCCCAGGUCACGAUCACCUGAUCUGGAUGUAAAAUCUAAUUCUCAGAGCAAGAAUAUGGAUGACCAUAACCAUCUGGCAUUUGUUCUGAGCCACUUGUCAGAGUUGUUGGAACUUCUGCUAGACCCUGAACAGCUCACCAUUUCAGCCCACACAACCCAUGACAGCAUGAUAUCUGCGGAAGCAGUCAGGGCCUUGAACUUUCUCAUUGAGGGAAGUAUUGGUCGGAAUGAAGCGAUUUAUCCUGUGCAUGAACUGGCUCUUUGGCAACCAAUUCUGGGCGCAACUGGCUAUUCCAAGCUUUCCAAGAUGUUCCAUUUUCAUAAACUGGAAGCCUGGCUGAGAAGUGUGCUCAGACCUAAUCCAUUCGGCACCGCAGUCUGUUUCCAAAAGGGAAAGAAAUUAGCAUGGGCACAGCAAGUUGAAGGUACAACAAAGCGGGCAAAGAUUGCAUGCAAUACUUACACAGCACCUAAAGGCCACAAGGUGGUGAUAAUGACACAAGUGUACAAGCAAACCUUGGCUAAGAGCUCAGAACAGCUAGUUGGAGCUCAUGUUAAAAUUCAUCGCUGCAAUGACUGCUUCAUAUAUCUCUUAUCUCCUUUAAGGUCUGUCAGUAUUGAGAAGUGCAGAAACACCACCUUUGUUCUUGGCCCUGUCCAAACAACCAUCCACAUCCAUGGCUGUGAUGACGUGAAAGUAAUAGCCAUCUGCCGCAGGCUUUCAGUCUCAUCAUCAUCUUCAUGUACUUUCUACUGUCUCACAACUACCCGCCCUCUUAUAAUGUCUGGGAACUCUAGCUUAACAUUUGCACCAUACCAUACUUAUUAUCCAUUGUUGGAGGAUCACAUGGCUAGAACAGGGAUAGCCACAAUUCCCAAUUAUUGGAAUAAGCCAAUAUGUAUUGGUGUGGACAACAAUGAAAUACCUGUCUAUCGGCUACUACCUCCCAGGGACUUCUAUGUAUUUGUGAUUCCAUUUGAAAUGGAGGGAGACACCGUGGAGAUUCCUGGAGGACUGCCACCGCCAUAUGAAAAGGCCAUUAAACAUAGAGAGCAGAAAAUUCAGAACUGGCAGAAGACUGUUAAGGAAGCAGGACUUAGCAGAGAACAUCGCAAGUUGUUUCAGAACCUGGUGGAGAAGGAAUUCUGUGAAUGGUUGGAUAAAACUGGGCAUCGUCAGCAGCUGGACAGUCUUAUUCCGGUACCUUCCUCAAAACAGACUACGUCUUAAUUAUUCCUUGGCUUUGUGCUGAGGAAGUGAGCCCAUGGCCAUUAUUGGAUUAAAUCUGGUGUGUUCCUCUCUUGCAAAUAUAUAUUGUAUGCAUUUUGUGAAGAUGCAUGACUCAGGUGCAGUUGGGCUCUGAUGCUAGUCCUCAAUAAUUGUUUUGUUUUUUUUACAAAAAACUUGUAAGCACACAUUUCAGAAAUUAGUGCUAAUAACUGUAUUUCAAAUGGAAUUAGAUUACACUUUUAAUACAUUUUCAAUUAUAUAUAAAGAUUAUGUUUUGUUUUGAGCAUUAGUAUGAUUGCACUAGUUCAUAAAGGCUUUAUUUUUUUAUUUACUGCUGCAUAUUUUGUGCUUGGGUCGAAUUGAAAUUCACUUUACAUUUGAGGAACUUUGAGAACAUAUCCUCUGGCUGUGGACACAGCUUUGAAUAUCAGGGAGAAAAAAUAUAUUUAACAUGACAACUUGAGUAUUUUUUUCUUUUUGAAAUUUACAUUUCAACAUUUUCUCCAACCUACAUCUCCCACCCUUGCUCACUUUUGGAAUUAAAGUUUUGAUGGGUUUCCUGACACCAUAUGCGUUAAAGGAAAUCUUGAAAGCCUUUACUGUAUUUCCUUCAUAACUUUAGGGUAUUGUGAUUAUCAAUUCAGCAGUAAUUUCUGCCUUGAGUUUAUUUUUUUUAUACUAAACUAAAAUAAUUUAAGUUUCCCUUAUAAUGUGUUUCUGCUGAGGCCCUGUUUCUGGUCUGGGUAACUUAAAUACGCCCUUGGUUCCUCAACAAACUGUUUUGUGAACAGGAAGAUUAGCCUUGUCACACACACCCUUGCCUGUGACUGUUCACUUUUCUGCUGAUUGACAUAUACUUUGAGUUUUCAAAUAUUUGAGAUAAUUUUACUUUUGGUUUCUUUCUCUCAUCAGUUUACCUCUGUGCAACUCUCAGUGAAUUUUCACUCGCCAACAGUUACUUUCUCCAUGUGCCUAUUGUACACGUGAGCUUUGCCAACGCAUUGGCAAACUGGUUGAUUCUGUUGAGGCUCAGUGUAUUCUUAACCUGACUUCCACGUGUGUGUAUAUAUAUUUGCAGCACAGUUGAUGGCUGGUGUUCAGAUGUGGAAAUUACAGAUGAUUUAGUAUUGAUACCAAUUGUAUCAUUUCUAUUGCUGGGAUUGAAAUUUGGUCCCUCCAAGUUCCACUGAUUUAGCAACCACAUUCUGACCUUUUUCUUCCAAAUAACUUUUUAAUCACUAUGAUGCUGGAGGAACUAAGCAGGCCAGGCAGCAUCCGUGGAGAAAAGCAGGCGGUCAACGUUUCGG